GCCGGAGCCGGAGCCGGAGCAUCAGCAUCUCCCUCGCCCGCAGCAUCAGCACCAGGCGCCAUGGCCCGGCCCCGAUCCCGACCCCGAUCCCGGGGGCGCGGGGGGUAGAGCCCGGCGCGGGGCGCGGCGCCGCCCGACCCCACCAGCCCCAGGGCCAUGGAGCUGUCGCUGGCCCAGUGGGCGCUCGCCCUGCUCCUGCUGGCCGUGCCCCUGCUCUACGAGUGCAACGCCACCUUCCGGUACUUCUGCAAGAUGGCCUUCUACAACGGCUGGAUCCUGACGCUCGCCGUGCUGGUCAUCCCGCUCUGCGCCCUGCGGGGCCGCAGCGUGGAGAACAUGAAGAUCAUCCGGUUCAUGCUGCACCACGUGAAGUACCUGUACGGCAUACGCAUCGAGGUGCGCGGCCUGGAGCAUUUCAACCUGCCCGAGCCCUACGUCGUCGUCUCCAACCACCAGAGCUCCCUCGACCUGCUGGGGAUGAUGGAGGUGCUGCCCGACCGCUGCGUGCCCAUAGCCAAGAAGGAGCUGAUGUACAUGGGCACCGUGGGGCUGGCCUGCUGGCUCGGCGGCAUCAUCUUCAUCAACCGCAAGAAAACGGACGACGCCAUCGGCGUCAUGUCGGAGACGGCGCAGACCAUGCUGCGCGACAAUGUCCGGGUCUGGGUGUUCCCCGAAGGAACCAGGAACCACAACGGCUCCAUGCUGCCCUUCAAACGCGGGGCCUUCCACCUGGCCGUGCAGGCCCAGGUGCCCGUGAUCCCCAUCGUGAUGUCCUCGUACCGCGAUUUCUACAGCAAGAAGGAGAGAAGAUUCACGACGGGGCGCUGUCUGAUCCAGGUGCUGGCGCCGAUGCCCACGCAGGGGCUGGGCCCGGAGGCGGUGCCGGCGCUGACGGAACGCGUGCGCCAGGCCAUGCUCGAGGCCUUCGACAGCCUGUCGGGGGAGCUGAGCCCUGGCCCGGACCCCCCUGCCCCACAGUGACACCCCCGCCAGCCAGCUGGGGCGGAGCCUUUGCCGAGUGGGCGGAGCCAGCACCAGCCACGCCCACCAGGCAGAGCAGCCAGGGACCAGAUCUACUAACCCAGCAUUCCGACACCCCCCUCCCGGUUUAGCCACUUGGUAUCUCCCGCUCCCCCACCAUCACCUCCCCCCAGUCCUGUCAACAUGGACUGAUCCACUCCAGUCUGAACCAUGGACUGAUCCAUUCCAAUUUCCUAACGGGGGAAGGAGGAUUAAAUAAUGGACCAUCCACUCUAGCCUCCUGCUGGGAGGAAGAACAGACGCUGUGGACCAACCCAUUCCUCCCUCCCACAGGGGGGAACCGGGGAAAAAAGGAUCUCAUGGAUUGUUCCACUCCAACCUGCCCCAGGAAGAAAGCAAACUGCAGACUGUUCCACUUCAACCUUUGGGGGGAGCAGAGAAAGAAGGCCAGGGACUGUUCCACUCCAACCUCCUGGUAGGGGGAGGAAAGGAAGCUGGACCGGUCCACUCCAACCUCCUGUUGGGGGGGGGGGAGAAAGCCACAGACCAUUCCACUCUAGCCUCCUGCUGGGGGGAAGGAAGCCACAGACCGUUCCACUCCACCCUGCUGGGGGGGAGGAACCCAUGGAAGAGACGUUCGUUCCUCCCCCACAUGCCCUCUGCCCCCCAGCUGUGGGCGCACCGUGGAAAGGAGACCGUGCCAGGGACACGAUGGACGGUGCUAUGUGGAGCGGGCGGGGGGGGGGAGUGGACACAGGAAAGACAAUUUCCCCCCCCCCCCCUCAGAUUCACUCAUCAAUGGAAGACUCUUCCCCGGGGAGGGAGGGAUGUUUAUUACCCCCCCCCCCAAUCUGGAUGGAUCCCGCCCAGGAAGGGGGCGUCGCGUCCCCCUGUUGAUGCCCCCAGAGGCGGAGAUGCUGCGGGAUGGAUGGGGGGAGGUGGCAUAACCCCCCCCAGGGGAAAUGGGGGGGUGGCCCUGGAGUCCCCCCUAGCUGGGGGGAGGGGUUUGCUCCAUGGACGGGGGUCAGAGGAAGGAAGGGGUCGGCGGGGUGGAGGGAA